AUGAGUAAUAAACGUAAACACGCUUCAUAUGAUGUUCAGCAAAAGCUGGAUGUCAUCGAAAGAAUACGAAACGGCAAAACUCGCAUUAAAGUAAGCAGAGAGUUAGGGGUACCUGAGUCAACACUACGCGGAUGGAUCAAAGAUGAAAACAAAUUAAGAACAUUUCUUGAUGAGUUUGAUGAAGGUGGUUUAAGACGCAAGACAGCCAGAACAGCAAAAGAUCCAGAAUUAGACAAAGCAACUUUUAAUGCAUUUUGUGAGACUAGAAACAAUGGUAUCCCUAUUUCUGGUCCAGUCAUCCAAGCACAAGCAGAAAAAUUAUACAAGGAAAUUCAUGGUCCCAAUGCAGAUCCUGAGUUUACAGUUUCAAGUGGCUGGUUGAAAAGGUGGAAACAGCGACACGGCAUUUCACAAGUAAAGAUCAAUGGCGAGAUUAAGUCAGCAGACACUGUAGCAGCAGAAGAGUUCAUUCCCAAAUUUCAACAAUUCAUUGAAGAACAGCAGCUAACAGAAGAGAUGAUUUACAAUGCUGAUGAAACGGGCCUUUACUACAAAAUACUGCCGGAUAGGACUUUAGCCAUGAAGAAAGACAAGACCACCAAAGAAGGUUAUAAACAGAUCAAAGACAGGGUGACGAUGUUAUUUUGCUGUAACUGGACGGGUCAUCACAAGCUAACACCUCUUUGUAUUGGCAAGUUUGGAUCCCCAAGAUGUUUCCACAACAUCAACAUGUCAUCAUUACCACUGGACUACGAUCACAGCAAGAAUGCCUGGAUGACAGCAGCAAUUUUUGAGAAGUGGUUUCACCAGACGUUCAUCCCUGAUAUCCGUAGGCACCUUAGAAGCAAGGGAAUGGAACCACGAGCAUGCCUACUUCUAGACAACUGUCCAGCCCACCCCCCUGCAGAGACGUUGAAGUCCAUAGAUGGCAAGAUUUUCGUUUAUUACCUUCCAAAGAAUACAACGUCCAAGAUUCAGCCCCUAGAUCAAGGCAUCAUUUCUGUGUUCAAGGCCAAUUAUAGACGGGAGAUGAUAAAGUCCAUGGUUGAAGAAGAUAAAAGUGUCCCUAUGUUCCUGAAGACUGUAAGAAUUAAAGAAGCACUGUAUUUGUCUGAGUCAGCCUGGGGAGCAAUCAAGCCUGAAACAAUUCAAAAUUGUUGGACUAAAGCCCUUGGAGGUCCCAUCACAGAGAACCCCACUACUGUUGAAGAAGACGAAGAUGAAGACUUCCUAGGUUUCAGUCCAGAAGAAGUACAGGAGGCAGAACAGAAGUUGAUGUCGGCUGUCCACUCAAGUGUACCAGUACAAGAAAUCCUUGCAGCAUGGUCCACCAUAGAUGAUGACGUCCCAAUAGCAUUGUCCAUUUUAGCUGAAGACAACCACAAUGAAGAUGAAGAAGAAGAAGAAGAUCCUGUCCCAAUACCUCCAACUAGAACCGCUGAUGAUGCAGUCAAAGGACUUGAAGUGGCCUUAGAGUACUACGAGCGUGUGGGGGAUAAAGUAAAGACACUACAGCUGAAGUCUCUCAUAAGAGAUGCCAAGAUGAGAGCUUCUAGGAACAAGAAGCAAGCUGACAUCACCUCGUAUUUUACUAAAAAAUAA